AUGACGGCCUCCCUCUACGCAGCAGGUGGCAACCUCACAGCCGCAGCCGCACUCGCCAGCCUCGGCGCACCCUCUUCCUCGUCCUCGGCCUAUCCCUCUACUGGCGCAGUAGCAGCAGCAGCAGCGACAGCACCACCACCACCAAAGGCCCGUCCUUCGCACCACGCACCUAUCGAAUCCCUCAUCCGCGACAAGCCCUCGCAGCGCGCACUCGCCGAACUCUGCCUCCAGCUCCGCAGGGGCCAGCUCAAGGGCGCAGAAAACGUCGCAACCGCAACCGCAAAGCUCCUCCGCAGCGUCGCGAGCGCGGCAAAGUUUACCAGCCUACAGCAGCUCAUCGACAUCCUAAAGGCAGCAGGCAGGGCCCUCCAGGCAUCGCAGCCGAGAGAACAAACCAUCGGCAACAUCACCCGCCGCGUCGUGCACCUCCUCCGCGAAGAGGCCCGCAUCGCCAUCAACGAGGCACACGAGGGCAACCCACCCGGCCCAUCGGCCGCCAUCGCAUCCCCGCAGAGCCUCACCCGCUCCCUCACCGGGCUCACCCUCUCGCCCACCGCCCAGGCACCCCAGCCGAUCGGCUUCCCUUCCUCGUCCCCCCUUGUCUCGCCCGGUACCGUCCCAUCGAUCGCUGCAGCCACACCGCCGGCCGGCAACACGGUCUCGAGCCGUCCGGGCCCUUCGCCGCUCCGAAAUGACUCGGCGUUUGUCCACGGCAGCUUCUCAAUCUCGGACCUCGUCGCCGCGGGCGCCAUGGCCACCCCAGCGCUCGCCACACCCGCCGACUCGUCGUACGCCUCGACACCGCACGGCCCCCUCUCGCGCAGCGGCAGCGGCUUCUUUAACCAGCAUAGCCUCCACGUCCAGGGCGGAUCGCACAUCAGCCAGUUUUCCGUCACCGAGGACCCCGACGGCGAGGCCAUGGCCGAGGCGCAGGACAAUGACGAUGACGACGACGACGAAGACGACGAUGACGACGUUGAAGCCUCAGACGUCGACGGCUCGCAUGGCGCAUCCCACGACUCCGAUUCCGAGUCCGAGGCCGACGUGUCGCGCUCCACGGGCCAGCUACACCACAAAUCCUCCUCGAUGACGGCGACGGCGACGACGACGGCCAACAAGAAGUCCGACAUGGGCGCCUACUGGCUCAAGCCGCUCGUCGUCCAGGCCAUCCAGGAAAUGCUGCUCGAGCUCGAAGAGGCCGACGAAAACAUUGCAAAGGACGCCCGCGACCACAUCCACUCGGGCGAAGUCAUCCUCACCCUGGGCUACUCGAAGACGACCGAGGCCUUUUUCAAGGCCGCCGCAAAGGACCGCAAGUUUACCGUCAUUGUCGCAGAGACGGCGCCGCUGUACACGGGCCACACGCUGGCGCGCUCGCUCUCCUCAGCCAAGAUCUCGACGCUGCUGAUCCCGGAUAGCAACAUAUUCGCCGUGAUGCCGCGCGUCUCCAAGGUGGUGCUGGGCGGCCAUGCCAUCCUAGCCAACGGCGGACUGCUCACCUCACCGGGCGCACUCCCCAUCUCCCUCGCUGCACGGUCGCACUCGACUCCAAUCGUAGUGUUGGCAGCGACGUACAAGAUCAGUCCGGAGUGGGAGACGAUUGACGAUUUCAUCUCGCACCGCGAUGGCGGAUCGCCCGAUGCCAUUCUGGAUUUCUCGACGCUACCCAACGUCGUCGAGUGCGCAGAGGUCGUCAAUCCGCAGUGGGACUACAUCGCUCCCGAACUCGUCGACGUCUUUAUCACCAAUGUCGGCGAACACCCCAGCUCCUACAUCUACCGUCUCGUCAAGGAGAACUAUGAUGGCGCCGAUGUUGUUCUUUAG